UUCACGCGGGACGUAAACGAACAAUUUGACGUGAACUAGCAUCAUGGCGGAAGAGGAGCGUGUCGGUGGUUCGCUUUCACACCGUCAGAGAUUUGUUUUAAGAAGUUUUCUGUAAACUUUGAUCGGAAUCAAACUUUAAAUGUAUCCGAUCCGAUCACCAACAGGAAGCAGUGUUUGACUCAGAUGGAUGGUGAAGCAGGCCUGAGCAGUUAAGAAGAAAAGAAAAAGCUGCACAAAUAGGUUUUGAUGGAGGAACCAAAGCCAGAUGUUGAGGAACAUGACAUCAAGGAACCAAAAGGCUCCGUCAGCAAGAUGACACAACAGUCUGGUGUUAGUGGAACUGAGCCUGAUCCUUAUGGAGCGGACUUCCUGUCUGCCGUUCCAGUCUGUGAGCCCCAUGACAGAUGGAGGGAGAGGGGAGGAGGAGGAGGAAGAGGAGGAGAGGCAAGUCCAAGCUCCCUGCUCGAGUACAGCGUCUAUCUAUGUGACCAGCACCGCACCCUCACCCCCCCUGUCACCCCACCAACCCAGAGGCCUUGUCCAUUCACACCUCCUCUUAGUUCAGUGACAAACGUGGCUGCUGCAGUUAACGCUGCAGAAGAUCCAGCUGUUCCUGGCCCCAUGACUGGCACCUGCAGUCCCAUUUGCUCCAUGUGCAGUCCCACUGCUUCAGGCUGGGAGUCUCUCAGAUCCACAUCCAGGAUUCCCAGCUGCUCUGAUGGAGAUCCUGUCAGUGCUGCUGCUCACCUUCACCUCCUGGGGGAGUCCUUGUCCCUGAUUGGACACCAUCUUCAGGAAACAGAUAAAAUGUUGAACGUGUCCAGCAGCUUGUCUCUGCUCCUCGACUCUCUGCUUUGUGCCCUGGCCCCAAUAAUCUGCCUCACCGCACAGAUACCAGAGCUCAGGAGCUGCACACAACACACACUGGUGAGAGACGCACACGGACACCACACGCUGUCCACACGUGACACUACUGUUCUGUCAGUAUUUCAUGACAUAAGGAGGAAACACUUAGGUUUCAUCAUGUCUCUUUUUAAGGCCUCCACUCUGGAAAACAUUGCCUAUAUGAUGCCUGGGCUGUGAGUGAUGAUGGAGACCACAAGGGCACAUGUGCUCUAAUAGGUUGAAAGACACUUCAGUUUAGUUUACAUAGAAAAAGUAAGAAUCAAAUCUAUUUCAUUAUAAAAUAAUAUUGGUUUGCACUUUAUAUUUGUGUUAAUUGUACACUUGAACACAUUAGUUUAUGUUUAUGUAUUGGUUGUUUAAUUAAAAGACAUAUUUGAACACUU